GGGCAAUGGCUAGAAGUCACAUCUACUAGAUCCGAAAUAAUAUUUCUCCAACUAUCCGUAUCUUUGUGUAUUUCUUGCCGAGUACCCUUGUCACCAGAAUCCUUCCCUUGUCUCCUGGCACUGGGACUGGGACUGUCUGGCUGACUCCGAUCCUCCCUUCUAGCGGAAAAGGUAAUUCUCUAGAGUUGCAAAAUAGUGAAGACGAACAGACAGAAAGAAAAAAACAGAGAGAUAGAGGAGGAAAAGUUGAUCUUAUCUUAAGCUUCUCUAAAAUUUUGUCCACUUUACUUGCUUCCGACGAUCAUGGCCUUGGAACCUAAUCCGCUCCACCAUCUUCCGGGCGGCUCUGCAACGGGUCCCGAGUGUAUCGUCGACUUUGACAGCCCGGAUGACCCAUAUCGCCCUCGAAAUUGGCCCCGGAAAAAAAAGCUUAUUACGACGGCCCUAUAUGGCUUAAUCACUAUGACUGCCACAUGGACCACCAGCAUAUACUCUCCCGCUGUUAAGCAAGUAUCUGCUGCCUUUAAUGUGAGCAAUGAAGUCUCAUUGCUCGGUCUCAGCUUUUGUCUUCUAGAGUUCGGACCAUUGAUAUGGGCGCCAGUAUCAGAAGUAUAUGGUCGGAAAUGGCCUGUACUUGGGCCCUGUGCUGCCGCAGCGAUCUUCUCUUUUGCCUCGGGUGCUGCUAAAGAUAUUCAGACCGUCCUUAUCGCCCGCUUCUUUACUGGGUUUUUUUGGCUCUGCACCAGUAUCCAAUACAGGGGGUGUACUCAGUGAUAUAUGGGACCCAACAGCAAGAGGACACGCAAUUAUGGCUUAUUCACUUGCUGUCAUCGUGGGUCCGACCUUGGGACCGUUAGUAGGAAGUGCUCUAGUGGAGAGCUAUCUAGGCUGGAGGUGGACUCAAUAUAUAGCUGGGAUUCUCCAGAUAAGCGUGGUAGUGGUUGGAGCAAUUGUUCUUGAUGAGUCUUACGAGCCAGUUCUUCUAAUUCGCAAAGCCAGACACAUGCGAACUACCACUGGGAACUGGUCGUUACAUACAGAAUUCGAGGAAUGGAUUGGGAAUAUUACUCUACGCUAUUAUUUCAAUAAGUUUGGCGUUCGUCCGAUGCAGAUGCUUCUAACCCCUAUUUGCUUUCUAGUCGCUCUGCAUGCGUCCUUCAUCUUCGGUGUAUUCUAUGCCACCCUAGCAGCGUUUCCAAUUCUGUUUGAGGAAACUCGCGGUUGGGACCAAAUCACGGGUAGCCUGGCAUUUCUUGCGCUGCUGGUUGGGAUUUUACUUGGUGCGAUCGUCGUUGCACUAAACCAACAAUAUUAUAACCAUAUCUACUCGACUUCUCAGUGCAUGCCGUCACCCGAAGCCCGAUUACCAUCUAUGAUGCUUGGGUCGGUCGUCUUCACGGGCGGUCUUUUCCUUCUUGGAUGGACUGCAAACCCGCAACUACCAUGGAUUGCGUCCUUCAUUGGCGCCGCGUGCGUGGGAUUCGGGUUCUUUACUAUCUUUCAGAGCGCCCUUAAUUACCUCCUGGACGUGUUCACUCGCUGGGGGGCCAGUGCCAUUGCAGCGAAUACCUUUCUCCGCAGUACCCUCGCCGCGGUGUUUCCCCUGUUUAUUGAUCCUAUGUAUCGGCAGCUAGGGAAUGGUCCCGCGACUAGUGUGUUUGGUGGAUUUGCGAUGCUCCUAGUGCCCAUUCCAUUCGUCUUUUGGUUAUGGGGGUCUCGAAUUAGGAGUAGCAAACGAUACAUGUUCAACGUAGGCUGAGCGUGGACGUCAAUUCUUAUAAGUACAUAGAUACCGAAUAGACACCACCCUUGUACUGGC